AUGACUUCCCUCUCACGAUCCAAGAGCCGCAAGCUCCGCGACCUGAAGCAGCGUCUCAAGCGCUUCAUAGUGCGUCUCUUUCCUUCCCGCAUCCCAACCAUAUCCAUCACUCCCGCAACGCCGGGUACCUCGCCCGCCCGCGAGCCCACGCGAACGGAAAGCGGGCUCCAAUACGUCAAGGUGGGGGACCACUACAUGGUGGUGGACCCAAUGAAUUCGGGGCAGAUGAGGAGGGCGAAGGCGGCCAAGGAGAUGGCAGAGAGGAGUGGGGAGGCGGCCAAAGGGGCAGGACAGAGGGCAGAAUCGGCGUCGGCAAGUGCGUUUCUGUCGCCGGAUGGGACUCUGUACAAUCUGUUUGAUGUGUGUGUCGUGAAGGGUGGUGUCGAAUUCGUAGUUGACAUUGUCGACUUACAACCAUCUCUCUGCUCAUGCACCGUUACGCACAACUCCGUCAUCGAUCACGAACUAUGCAUGCGCCAGAGAGGUACAAAAUGCGGAACUUUUCCUCCCUUCUGCCACCAGAUCAGUCGAGCAACACCUCGAGAGAACCACACACUGAUAACCUUCCUACAGUCGAUCAUCGCUGCAAGGUUGAACUCCAGUAUCAAGAUGUCUUUCCGAGAGACGAUGAAGACCCGCAAAGCCAUGAAUCAGCGCGUCAAACGCCUCCUCUCUCGUGGCCUCUCAUCUGGAAACCGGCAGGUCGAGGACAACAAGCGGGGCAUCCACCUCGGGCUGUCAGUUCCGAAAAUCGUCAUCACGCCUCCAACACGGCCGUCUACUCCUCUCGCACCUCCUUCCGACACUGAAGAGAGGCAGCAGGGAGCCGAAGCAGCCAGGCUGCUCCGAGCUAUCAAGAUCUCUGAGGCUGAGGAUGCAGAGUUUCUAUGGUUGGCGCUAUCAUGAGCUUGUGCCGGAGACUGUGCGUCCACGUCUCUUGUUCCGCAGAUCGAAUGCUUCCGUUCCUGGUGAGUUCUCUGUCUCCAAUGAGGAGUGCCGUCUAUCAUUGCAGGACAGUUAUGACGAGAGCACCGAUGCCGACUAAGUGGAAGGCUAAUUCGGCAGUGCCAGGGGGCAGGGCAUGGGGCCAUGUUAUCGCCUAUAGUAAGGUAAGUGGGAAGGUAAAUGCUAUGUUGCAUUCUCAUCUGUCCCUCUCGUUAUGAUAUAAUCAAUUGACCGAUUCUUUCCUCAAACUACAACUGGACCCUGAUGUGAUGUUCAUAAUGAAUAAUCAAGUGACCAGAAGAAUAACAGAUUUGACAGGUGCAGGAGCAAACAUGAAAUGGAGUAUACCGAUAGGCAUCAGCAUAGACGAU